AUGUCCGACAAUACUGACACUGUAUUUGAUUCAGUAUCUCUUACUUGUGGGCAUAUCUUCUGCUACAUUUAUUUGAUUCACAUUAGGCGCCAAAAGGAGCUUAACAAGAAUCUUGAUAGUGGUUUUUGCAUGUCUGGUGAUGGGACAAAGAGGCUUCGAACACAUGUUUGGCAUGCAAAACGGUUUACAAUGAUUAAGCGUUGGGGGUUCCACCUUCCUCUUGGUUUGCAUGGCAGUGGCAAAGGCUCAAGAGCACUCUUUAAAUGGUUACACAAUGGAACCACCGUUGUUCAUGAUGCAAGCUAUUUUAGUGCUGUUCAACUGCAGGGGUCACAGGAUUCCAUAUUGUCGAUUUUAAGCACCGUAAUGUCACCUUUUCUUUCAUCAGAAGCUGAAAAUCUGCAUCAUGCUGGAGCAAUCAUUACACGCGCAAUUGCACCUGUUAUUUAUAUGUUGAGACCUAUUCGGCACUAUGGAUAUGGAUACAAUUUGGAAGUGAUGGGGUCAAAAGCAUCUCAGCUUCUUCAAAAGAUAUUACAUCCAGUUAGCAGCAUGUCUGAGAAAUCUUCUUUUUUGAAAAAGUGUUCACUAACAGGAGCUGUUGAAGAGCACACCCCUUGCUCUGAAAUAAUUCCUCUUAUAGUUGAUGAUCCUCGUGCUUUGACUAAUGAAAAAACGGAGUUUGACUCGAGUUAUAGCGAUUUGUGGGAUGCUGAAAUAGGGUUGUACAAUCCAGUAGAAGAAAGUGUUCUUUGUAUGGAAAAACACCAUCAACGUCUUCUGUGGACUAUUGUACUUCCUUUGAGCUGGGUCAAAGCAUUUUGGGUUCCUCUUGUUUCUCUUGGUGCUAGAGCUAUCGGCUUGAGAGAGCGGUCUUGGGUUGCUUGUGAAGCUGGGAUACCAAAUUUUCCCUCAGACUUUCCUGAAUACUCUUCCUUAAUGGAAGCUGAAGCGGCUGCCAUGGAUAAAGAAGCAGCUCUCCAUCCUGCUUCUGUAAAAACGUCUAGCAUUCCCGUUCCACCCCCAUGGAACUGUGUUCGUCUUGCUUUUUAAACAAAUCCCACUGAACCGAAAACCACUCAAAUCUGUGAUUCUGUUCAAGAGGACUACAAAGAUGAGAGACUGUUCUUGUACAGUGAAUCCAUGGGUGGUGCAGUUUCCCUUGUUAUACAUGGAAAGGACCCAACUUUCCAGCACGGCGCCAUUCUAGCCGCAUACAUGUAUUACUACAAAAGUAAGGUAUUAUAGGAGUCGAAUCAAGUUGAGCUCAAGCUUGGCCUUUUUAAUUCAACACUGCAAUUUUUAGUGCUACACGGAGAGGCAAAUACAAUGAUAGACCCAGAAGCGAACCGGGCUUUAUACAAACAGGCCAGCAACAAAGAUCAGACCAUAAAGCUAUACCCAGGAAUGAGGCAUAGAUUAACCAUGGGCGAGCAGAGCUGGAUCACAUCGAUAUCAUCUUUGCUGACAUCAUCCCAUGUAGUAUAAAAGAUCAGAUGCAAGCCACAACAGGGUUGGAAUCAUGGGAGCUAGCUUUGUGGGUGGAGGCUUACGGUGGAUGCACCAACAUCCCGCCAUGUAGUCACCGCCCUUUUAACUUAUUAUGUUAUUC